AGAGAGUGAGCCGACAUGAUGGAGGUGGUCUUCACGUGCCUCUUGCGUCGACACAGUUGCUCGAAGAUCGGCCUUCACGUUCCUUGCAAAGACCUGCCGAUUGGCGGGGGCUUGGAGAUGGCGCGGAGCAGCAGCAGCGUAGAAGGAUUCUUGCAGUGACGAGCUUUGUGAAGCACAUUGCCAUUGCCAAUUUAUUCUCAUUCGGAGCUUCGACGGAAAUAUGUUCAUUGGAAAUUGUUAGCGUCGUGGCAGGGGAUUUCACACUGCGAUCAUUGGAUUUCUAAUGCGUAUCCUCGUCGUCGGUGAUUUUGAUGUCGAGGCGGCGAGAGAAUACGCGUUUUGAUUCUAAUCUUUCCUUCGGAAGUUUGUUUGAGUGAUUUUGCGCCGCUUGAACAAUGGAGGAUGUCUCUGUUGUCUCAUGUUGUUGUGACGAUGACGGGAAAUGCGGCCGUAGUUUUAUUGACAAGAUGUUGUAGGAUUUAAUCAGGGCAGUAACAGGGGGUUGCAAAUGGCUUGUCCCGAUGAAUCACGCGAUUUUCACGUUUCUGUGGGCACAUUUGGUGUUUCUCCGCCUGUUUCACAAAGGAUACACCUGAUAAUGAGUGUCCUUUUGCUGCAUAUGAGGUAACUUGUGAUGGAGGCUGCAAUUUGAGCUGGAAAUGCGACUCUCUUUCUCUCAUGAAUAUGGACCUGUAUCUCAUAUUUCAGUUAGUCGACGAGUUUUAUUUAUUUAUUUAUUUAUUUAUUUAUUUUCGUGUGUAGCUCAAAUGAUUGCACCUGGAGUUGGUGCUUCGUGGAUUCUAGGGAUAUUUAUUUUAUUUAUUUUUUGUUCUGCGAACAGAGACUCUGAGAUAGAGUUAAGCACAGGGAUAACUGCCAUAAUUUGUAGCAAAUCAUAUGAUUGGUUCUGUUUGUAAUACUUGUUUUUGGUGAUUCAUUAGCUCCUUGCAUGUGCUUGUCAACAUCUCAUGGACUAACAGCGCAGUUUACGAUGCACAGCAAGGGCACUGAUAUGAGCGUGGAGAAAUAUCCAUCAAGUCUAUACACACAUUUUCGUUGCCACUUUUGAUCCUUCACAAGGGCGGGAUGAGUACCUCAUUCAACCUGUCCGCGCAGCAUCCGGGUAGUAGUUCGGCAAAUUGAUUGCCGCAGUAGAUAUUGUUCUAAUGAUCGACUUUCAGUCCAGAGUUGUUAUGGAGGUUUCCAAGUGGAACCAAACCAGGUUUGCGGUUGACUAAUCGCACGCUCCGAUUAGGCUCAUAGCUGUGUUGCGGAAAUCAUGACGCGGUGUGUCCAGCUUAGUAAAGAUUCUCCUAACUUGCUUUCUUGAAGCAGGUUCAACAUGUGAACUGCAAAAAACGUCCAGAACCGGUCCCUCCCUCCUUUAUCUCUCCUCACUGGGUUUUAAAAAAACUGUAUAAAGUGAUCAACAACCUGUAAAGCUUUAAUUAACUGACUAAUCGGUGUGACCCCUUCUAGUUACAUCUCCUUUCACGUUUUAUUCCCCUUCAUGUGCCAAAUCACAAUAACUCCAAACUUCUUGUAGAAUUUAACUUUCUGACAAUCUUACAUAUUAUGGUGACUGAAGCAGAAGCCCACGAGCUCUCUGACAUGACGACGGCCUGCAGAAUGGUUGCCUCCCAGCGAAGCAAGUGUCAAUCGCUAAGUUCCUGGCAGCAAGUGUCGCAUUCUUUCGUGAAUGCCACGCGCGGAACCACGCGUAGGCCCAUUGAACUGUGGGUAUUGCGUGCGGGACUGAGCGAGGGGUGAGAACCGUGCGUAGAAUGGCGCGCAGAUGAAUGUGGAGGAUAAUUGAGGAGAUAUGGCGAGUAGAAUCGAGGGUUACUUGUAUAAUUUCGGGCCUAGCCGGCAAGGAGGAGUGUACUGCAUUCUCACAUUCUGCGUCUUAUCGGGUCGUCAUUUCUCGCAGUGGCGGCAGAAAGGAGAUCUGGUCGCAUUGCGAUCCGGAAUCCUUGAUGUGGAUCAUCGUGUUGAGGACACCGGCAGGCAGGUUAUAAACGGCAAGACUUUGUAUACACUACGCCUUUACAAUUCAAAGGAUCCUAAGAAGGAAGUCCUGGUUGGAGUUGUGAAUAGCGAGGAGAUAUCUGAGUGGCUGAAGGCCUUCACGUCCGCCCUAGGACAGCCAUUGGAUUCUUUUUCGACAGAGCCUUGUGCUACAACUUUCAGCUUGCCGUUUGCUCACUUUGGCGAGAAAUUCGUUGGCGACACAAGCCCAACUGGCUCUCCAAGUCCGCAAUCCGAACCACUUAUGCUUCAUCGACAAAAAGAGGAAUUAUACACCAGCUUGACCACCAUAGGUCAUGAACGGUCCAUUUUAGAGAGAAGCUCUAGCACUGUUGGGUCCUCAUAUCUUCAAUCAGUAGAUUGGAGGCUAGUGCGCUGCGAAAAUGGAUUGAGGUUUUUUCAAGAGGCAUCAGACUUUCCUUUCAUUUACAAGUUACCUGUAAUGAAAGCAGUUGGAGUGGUGAAGGCCUCAGCCGAUCAGAUUUUUAACCUUGUAAUGGAGUAUGGGCCAGAACGUCAGCAGUGGGAUCAUACCUUUGAAUCUGCAUCUGUAAUCGAAAUUGUUGAUGGUCACUCAGAUGUAUUGUACAUACGUCUACGACAGGAUUGGGGGUUCUCACGAGCCAGAGAUCUAUGCUUGGCUCGUUAUUGGAAACGAGAAGAGACUGGUGCAUAUUCUGUCUUUUAUAGGUCGUUUCAUAAGUAUCCUUUGCAAGCUGGUUACGUUCGAGCUUAUAUCCACAGUGGUGGAUACAUCAUCACACCAUUGAAGACUACUGACGGUGGCAGUGAAAAACCCUGUUCACUAGUGGAGGCUGUUUUGGAAAUGGAUACAGCAGGCUGGUCAUCGUUGUUGGGCGCGAGAAUCUCUGGCUACCCUGCUUACCUCAGGGAUUCACUUCUGAGUGUUGUUGCAGGCAUCCGAGAGCAUAUUGAUGCGCAUAGCAUCAAUUUCCGUGCUACGAUCAUCAAAAGACAUAUCGUAGAACAGGAUACAGAAGAUUACGCGCACACAGCCAAUCAUGACCUUUCUGAAACUGUUGUCAGCAACGCCCCAUUUCUCAGCACAAGUGAUGACAUUGAAGAGUACUUUGAUGCCAACAUGGACCAAUUCUCAGAAAGCUCUGAGAGUGUGUAUGAGCAAGCGCUUUCAGCUGUUGAGCCUCCCAAGCUGCCUAGGAUCAAAGUUCAAUCAGAACUUGAGACAUUUGACUUAUCGAAAUUCAGUGGAAACGUGGAAAGAGGACCUCUGAAAGGUGGAAAACAUUCUUUUGCUGAACCUGACAGCAGUGCCUUCCUUCUGAAGGGCAUUAAUUUUCUUUCAACAGGUUCAAGGGCACCUGCAGGAGAACCUAUCUGCAAAUUGUUAGGGGUGGACUGGUUGAAGUGUAAAGAUAGAAUGGAUCAUGUAGCAGGAAUGCCUCGAAGCUUCGUUCAGAGAGCGUGCUCAAAUGAAGGUCUCUUCUUCUUCAUUAUCAAUUUGCAGUUUCCUCAUACUUCAAACUACAGUUUGGUCUUCUACUUCGUAACUGAGGAAGACAUCACCGAGGGCUCUGUUCUUCAUAGAUUUAUAUCUGGAGACGAUGCUUUUCGAAACAGUAGGUUUUCCCUUAUACCAGCCAUACCUGAGGGUUCAUGGAUUGUAAGGCAAGCAGUGGGAACCAAAGCUGUUCCCUUGGGCCAAAUUGUGGAAACCAAGUAUCACGUUGGAUUUAACUACAUGGAGAUAGACGUAAACCUUGGAUCCUCGGGAGUGGUUCGAGGAGUAUUGAGCUUGGUUUUUGGUUUUGUAUCUGCCCUUGUAGUAGACAUGGCUUUCUUCAUCAGGGGGGAGACCGCAGAUGAGCUACCAGAGCGUCUUAUCGGAGUUGGUCGCUGCUCGCACUUACAACUAGACAAGGCCAUAGAUCUUUCUGCUGCUUAGUCUGGGCCCACAAAAUUGCAUAAUAAUUUGAACUGUACUCUCUGGAAAAUGUGAGAACGUCUCAUCCUCCUGGAGCUCAAUAUGCACCGCAAGCAUUUCCGGAUCGUCAAAGUGCUCAUCGACACUUUCGACAGUUGUGUAUUCAAACCUGUGCAAUUAGGGAAAUGGCAGGUUAUGGAUCAACUGGUAUAGUUUUAGAUUGUAUACACGUAGUCAUUCUUCUCAUGUGAAUAAUGUCACAUCGAAAUGCCAAACUAUUAUCUCCAGGACCUUUCUUGAAUCUUAAGAAAUCUGAGCACCCCUAUUUGCUUGUAUUAUAACAAUCUUAUUUUGGGAUCCUAUAUUCUA